AUGAAUCAAGCGGAAAUAGAGUUCCACUUGGUGAUUCUUAUGUAAGCGAUUAUAGACGAUUUACUUGAUCAAAUUAAGAUUUGUAAAAGCCAGAAGAAUUAUAAGUGAACGAAGUAUAUUUUGGUAAAUUAAAAUCACACAAAUUAUCACUAAAUGAACCAUAAAGUAAGUUAAAAGUAAGAAAAAAGAGUUCCGGCAUCGCGGCGGUGAUGCGUCAGCAAUGCACCGAAAUCCUAAGCAUUCGGGAGGAUCGUCGUGCAGUGUCUAUGGCCUUGAAGGCUCUCCUUGGACAAGGACGAUGUGGGCAAACUCUAGAUCUUCUUGUGAAGUCUAGAGAUCACUGAAAUGGGUCGUCAAAUUGUCUUUGAUAGUUGUCACCCAAUGGUUGUCACCCGAUAGAGAGGAGCUAGAUGAAGGUGGGGCGCCUGUCAAGGAGCUUCACCCUCACCUCCGCACAGUAAGAAGAGGCUCUUCAUCUCAUCUAGUACGCUCUCAGGAGGUGGCGACUCAUCUCCUAAUGGAUCAUCCUCUUCCUGAUGAUGGCUUGUUCAUCGAUCAAUCGGAGAUGCUUUACUCGAUGGAUUCGCGAUCCUUUUAUCAUGAAUCGUUCAAAAAUUUUAGUAACAAUGCUCCAUAAAUCGUAUUAAUGAGAUUUUUGCCAAUGAUCCAGCGAUUCUAGUUGCUUAAUCCUUCACUGAGAAUCUGUAGGAAAGUCGUAAUAAUCAAAUAAAAAAAUAUGAGUUUUGGCUCUAGGAGGAUUCAAACCUAUGCCGGUUGCCCGCCCUACUCUGCCAAGUGACAACUGCUACAAACGAUUCGACGACCCAUUUUAUUGAUCUCUAGACUUUGCAAAGAAAUCUAGAGGUUGCCCAUGUCAUUCUUGUUCAAGGAGAGCCUUCAAGGCCAUGGACACUGUAGAAUAAUCUUUCCGAAUGCUCAAGAAUCUAGUGCAUCACUAACGCAUUGUUGCCACAACACCAGAACUCUGUUUUCCUACUUCAACUAAAUUUUUACUUCAUUUAGUGAUAAUCUGUGUGAUUUAAAUUUACCAAGAUAUACUUCAUUCAAUUACGAUUCUUUUGGCUUUUAUAGAACUUAAUUUGAUCAAUUAAAUCAUCUAUAAUCACUUAAGUAAGAAUCAUCAGAUGAAACUCUGUUUUGCCCGAUUCAUGUUUGCUGGGUGUUGAUGUCAUCUUGACGUCCCCAUUUUCGUGAAUUUUAAAUAUAUUUAAUUUUUAUUUUCUAGUAUAAAAUUCAUAGAAAAUAGUAUUCUUUGAGAAAAAUUCUGAAUAAUUAGCCGAUAUUAUAUUACAUCCCUUUAAUUGACUUGGAAAAUUACUGCUAUUUUUUGAAGUUUUAUGGAAUUAUAAUUGAUAUAUUUAUUCAGAAAUACUUCUAAAUAUCUAAAAAUUUGUAUUUUCUAGUUUUAUAAAUUUUGAAUUUGUGUGAUUUACUAUACAACAACUAAGUCACAUCAACGUCUAAAAAUGAUAGUCAUUUGUUUUAGUUCAUAUGACAAUGUCAUUAGUGUGUACUUAUUGUUGAGUUUAAAUACACACUAUCUAAUAAUAUUUAUACCUAAAACUUAAUAAAAUAUUAUUAUAGAAUUAAGUCUCAAGUUGAACACAAGGAGAUUGACUAAUCUGUCAUAAAAAAUAAUUUAAUUUAUAUAUAAAGUGGUUUUAAUAUUUUGUUAAUAUUUAACAUAAAUAUAAAGUAGAAGGGUGAGGUGAGAAGAAUAAAGGAAGGGAAGGGAGAAAAAAAGGAAGGGGGAAAAGAGAGAGAGAAAGAGAGAGCUCACACGAGAGAUAGAAGGGAUGGGAUCUCUCAUGAAAGGGAGAGAAAGAGCGAGGAGAAGAGAGAGUUCUUAUGAGAGAAAAGGGAUGAGAUCUCUCAUGAAAGGAAAAGAAAGAGAGCGGAGGAGAGAAAGCUCUCAUGAGAGAGAGAAGGGAUCAGAUCUCUCGUGAAAGGAAGAGAAAGGGAGUGGAGGAGAGAAAUCUCACAUGAGGCAGAGAGAGAGAAGGAGAGAGAAAUCAAUCGAGAGAGAGAAAGAGAAUGAAAUCAAUCAAGAGAGAGGGAGAGAAAGGGAGAGAUCUUAUGAGAGAUGAAGAGAGAAGAGAGGUCUCACAAGAGAUAGAGAAAGAAGAGAGGUCUCACGAGAGAGAGAGAGAGAGAAAUAAGAAGAAAAUGAAGAAAAAGAGAAAUAUGGUCAUCCUAUUUUCUCAGACGAAUGUGUGCUCGAGGAUUCACACACAUGACAUGAGAUUAGUCAUGAAUGUCUCUAGCUUAUUUAAACCAUUGAAUGCUCAUUAAUCAACCUUUAAUCUCGGUGAUUUUGCAUUUGAAAAUAAAAAAAACUUGUUAUUCGUAGAAUAUUGAGAACAUGAAUAUGUCAAGAUUCAAUUGUAAAAAUCAAUAGAAAAAGUUAGAAAUGAUCUUAGCUUAAUCUCAUACGAGUCUUGGAGGAUUUACAAGAAGAAUGAAGAUCAUUCAUCAAGUUUUGAAUUAGUUCUACUCAUUUCAAUCAAAACGUGCAUGAAAUGGAAAGAACUUAUCGUAAAAUGUAAAUAAAUGACAAAAGCAGAUAAGUAAAUGCUGAAAAUAGGAAAUAAAUCAUUGCCCAAGUUUAGUCUACCUCCUAGAUAACUAGAGACACCAAUGUGGUAGUUUGGUUUUGUCCAAACAUGCCACACCACGCCGGAAGUCAUAGAAGUAUCAUCCAAAAGCACUGUGCCACUUUCCAAAGAGAUUUGCUGAAAUAAGGGUUGCCAAGCUGUCAGCGUUGUCUAAGGGGAGAAGAGAAGAGCUGACCACUUGUUAGAGGCCUUGAGUGUAGUCAAAGGAGGAAGGAAGAAACUUGCCAAUCACUGAAGAUGUCGAUUGCGUAAAAGAAGGGAAUAAUAGCUUGCCGUAUUUUUGACUACCAUCAGGACUUUAACGAUAAUCAAUAAUAUCUAUUUUACUAGAAAAUAAUCAAUUAUUAUCUUUAUAUCCCUGAUGAUGAUUUGUGUGAGAACUUAAGUUCCUAGUGUCGUGGUGCUUCAAGAGCCACUAGAUCAGAUGAGCUUGGUACAUGGCACAUUGAACAACAUAGGAUCAACCUGCUACAAACCACUAUCGAUCGAAAACUUAAGUUCUUGGUACCAUGGCACCUUCAUAGCUGUCAAAUCAUCCUUUAAGCCCACAUGUGUGUUGAGCAAUGUCGAAUUCAUAAACUGUCGAUGGAUUGCUUUACACAUAUGGUAUUGUGGUGGUUUGCCAGCCACAAGAUUUGGCUAAUUUGAUGACAUGACUCUUUGUGUACUACUAGAUCACACCAUGCUCUAGAUGGCUAUGCUAGAACAAGCGAAAAUAUUUAGUUCAACACUGGAAAUAUAUUGGAUGUAUGUACUGAAUAGAAACUAAAGCUUAUCUCUCUCAGCAAAGAUCCCUUCUCCCAAAAUAAAAUAAUGUCUAGAACCAUCUUAGGAGAAGGCAAUAAGGUGGUCCGCCCUCGUGCACGCACGUGUUUAUGAGAACUCCUUGCCCCAUGACUGGUUGGCCACUAGGAUGUAAAAGGAGAGUGGCGCACACGUGUGUAGAGUGAGGCCUUCGUCACUCGAGCCCAACUCGUGGCUCCCUUCGUCUGGGUCUACCCAGUUGAUUGUUGUCCCCCCUCUAGGUCAACUGCCAAGUGCUACCUUGCUAGCAUACGAAAGAAUUUUUUAUAUUUUAUUAUUUUUAUUUCAAUAAUAAAAAAUACUACUAAAUAUUUUAACUUGACUUUUAAAAUUAACAAUAUAUCCUAUAUUUCUUUUGCAAGUUAACAAAAUAAAGUCAAAAAAUAAAACUAAUUAAAACACAUAAAUCUAGCUUUAACAUUAAUGUCUGAUAAGUCUUCAUUAUCAUGAGUUAAUAAUUAGUAAAUAAUAUAGUUUUAGCCUUAACUCAUGAUAAAUAGACUUAUAUUUGUGUUAAAGAAUGAUUUUUGGUUUUCAAUUGAUAAACGUGAAGUUUUGGGUAAUUAUGUGAUUUUAUACGAUUUUUACAGUCUUACUUUUGAGAUAAAUGAAGAACAAGAAAUAAAAAUAAAAAUAUUGCAAAAAUGAGAGGACCCGCCGGCCAGCCAGGCCCGCAACCAGGUUGGAAGCGCAGUCGGGGAGUAAGCCGUGAGCAGGGGCUCGAGCGGCUUGACUUGGGGAUCGAUAGGGCACGCAUACGCCACUCCCCUUCCACGUCACCGGUGGCCAGCCGGUUGUGGGGCAAGGAGUGGUCAUACACGCGAGAGAAGGGACUUUGCUCACAAAGCUAACAUUACUAUAUAUUCGCCCGAAAAAUUGGCGUACAACUGAUGUGGGACUAAACCCACCUUCCUCAGAAGAGGCGGGUGACCGGCGCAGGUUCAAAUCCUCCCAGAGUCAAAAUUCAUAUAUUUUUAUCUGAUUAUCGCGACUUUCCUGCAGAUCACCGAUGAAGGAUUAAGCAACGAGAAUCGCUGGAUCAUCGGUGAAAAUCUCGUCAACGCGAUUCGUGGAGCAUUGCUACUAAAAUUGCUGAACGAUUCACGAUAAAAGGAUCGCGAAUCCAUCGAGUAAAUCAUCUCCAAUUGAUCGACGAACAAGCCGUCGUCAGGAAGAGGACGAUCCGCCAGGAGACUAGUCGCCACCUCCUGAGAGCGUACCAGAUGCAAUGAAGAGCCACCUCUUGCUGUGCGGACCUAAGGAUGAAGCUCCCUGACACGCGCCCCACCUCCAUCCAACUCCUCUCCGUCGGGUGACAGCCGCCGGAGAGCCGCAAAGUCGCCGUUUUUCCGCUCCGCCGGGUGACAGCCACCGGAGAUGAUUUGACGACCCACUUCAUUGAUCUCUAGACUUCGCGAGAAGAUCUAGAGAUUGCCCACGUUGUCUUUGUCCAAGGAGAGCCUUCGAGGCCAUGGACACUGCACGACAAUCCUCCUGAAUGCUUAGGAUUCUGGUGCAUCGCCGACGUAUCGCCGUCGUGACGCCGGAACUCUGUUUUCCUACUUUCAAUUUAAUUUACGCUUCAUUUAGUGAUACUUUGUGUGAUUUUAAUUUACCAAACUAUAAUUCGUUAAAUUACGAUUCUUUCGACUUUUACAGAUCUUAAUUUGAUUAAUUAAGUCAUCUGUAAUCGCUUACAUAAGAAUCGCCAGGCGGAACUCUGUUUCCGCCUGAUUCGCGUUCACCGGGUGUUGACGUCAUCUUGACGCCCGCACCCUUAUUUCCUUUUUUUUCGUGAAUUUUAAAUAUAUUUCCUUUUUAUUUCCUAGUAUAAAAUUCGUAAGAAAAUCGUAUUCAUUGAGAAAAAUUCUGAAUAAUUACCAGAUAUUAUAUUACAUCCCUGUGAUUGACUUGAAAAAUUAUCGCUAUUUUUGGAAUUUUUAUUGAAUUAUAAUUGAUAUAUUUAUUUUGAAAUACUUCUAAAUAUCCGAAAAUUCGUAUUUUCUAGUUUUAUAAAUUUUAUAUUUGCGUGAUUUAACAUACAACGACUAAGUCACGUCAAUGUCUAAGACCAAAAAAUAAAUGGGAAAAUAGCAUUCACCUACCUUGACAAUUACAUCUUCUAAUAUUCCUUUAGGUUUCCUAGUAGAUCUAUCUACAACUUGAAGAAUUGUAGAGGCUGGUUUGAGCUCACCAAUUCUAAAAUGUUCAGCAAUGGCAGUAGGUAAAAAAUUAACACCAGCACCUAAAUCAAGCAAUGCAUUAUCAAAAGUAAUUCCACCAAUUUUACAAGAGAUUAGAGGUUUACCUGGAUCUUUACAUUUCAUGGGCAAUUGAUCAAGAAUAAUUGCAUUGUGAUGAAAGGAUGAUUCUUUUUUCUCUUUUAGGUGUGCACAUCUCCUUCAAAAAUUUUGCAUAACUUGGUACAUGAUUGAUGGCAUCCAAGAGAGCAAUCUUGAGCUGCACUUGCUCAAAAAUUUUCAUCACCUCAUCACUAUGAAUCAAUCCCUUUUUACCUUUUGGUUUUAAUGCAUGAAGGAAAGGUGUAGUGGGAACAUAUUCCUUGGGGUCAAUAUUUACUUCAACCUUUGAUUUUUCAACCUCUUCAUCAUCACUAAAAUCAUCAUCUUCCUCUAUAAUUUUCUGUUUUUGAUCUUCUGAAUUUUUGUCCAUAGAAGAGAUGUCUUUUCCAUCCUCCUUUUGUUGGUAACGAUCACUCAAAACCUUCCCAUUUCGUAGCUGAGAUAUGGCCUUCAUGUCUUCCAUUUGAGAUAGUACAAAAGGUUCUUCAAAACUUGUAUUUACCAUGUUAGCUUGAUGCUGAAAACCAGGAGGAUGAUUUUGUAGAUUGGCUAUGGGUUGACUUGGUAGCUGGCCUCCACUUGGUCUAAAUUGUUGAGCUGCAUGUGGUUUUUGUGUGAGUUGAUGCAUGGAUUUGUUUUGUUGUUGUUGCUGCAGCAAUUGUUGAAUGGAUUGUUGUCGAGUUUGUUGUUGUUGUAAUUUUUGAAUGGUUUGUUGUUGUUGAACCAUGAUCCGUUGUAAACCACUCAAUUUAUUGUCACUGCCUUGAUUUUUUCCCAUGACUUGUGGUCCUUGACCUAAUGGUGGGUGUGCUUGAAAAUUUGAUGGGCGUGGUUGACCUUUCAUGGGUGGAAAUAUUUGCUGCUGAGGUCUAACCUGCAUGUUGGGAUAACUAGAAGAUGUUUGCUCACUAAACAUGUUUUGAUUUUUCCAUGAAAAAUUUGGAUGAUUUCUCCAUCCAGGGUUAUAAGAAGCCUGCACAAAAUCAUGAUUAGACUUAUUAAAAUCUUGAGCUAAUUGAACUUGUUCAGAUGUAUAUGAUGGAGAAAUAAUUUGAGGACAUUCAUUUUCAGCAUGAUUCAAACUUGAAGAAAUUUUGUAAGUUUGUCACUUAAAUUUUUCCUAAAAGCAAGAAUUUUUUCCAUCUUAGAAUUUAGCUCAUCAAAUUAACUCUUCCAUUCUUUAUCAUCUGAUUUUCUAAUCUCAUAAAUUCCACCCUUAGAUCUAUCAAAGGAAGAUGAAGAUAUAUAGUUAGAAGAGUUAUCAGUAAGUUCUUCCAAAAGAGAAUAUCCCUCAUCUUCCUUUUUAUUCAUAAAUGUGCCACCACAUGAUGCAUCAAUCAUUUGCUUGUUGGCUGCAGACAAACCAUCAUAAAACAUUUGAACUAUUUGUCAUUUAGGAAUACCAUGAUGAAGACAUCUUCUCAUCAUAGCUUUGAAUCUAUACCAUGCUUCAUGCAAAGGUUCAUUACUGUUUUGUGUAAAACUCAUAAUAUGUUUUCUCAUCAACAUGGUUUUCCCCCUAGGAUAAAAUAUUUUCAGAAAUUCCUGCACUAAAUCAGGCCAUGAUUUUAUCUCCUUUUCUAAAGUAGAAAUCCAAUAGCUAGCAUCACAUUUCAAAGAAAAAGGAAACUAUGUUAAUUUUAAUUCAUCGUCAACCUCUUUGACAGUCCCACAAACCUUAAGACAUUCUUGCAAAUGAUCAUAUGGAUCUUCAAUAUUUUUAUCAUAAGAAUAUAGGCAGCAAUUGAAAAAUUCCUGAUUUAAUAUUGUGCUUGCAAAUAGGUUGCUAUUGAAAAUCAAGUGCAGAUGGUGGAUUAAAAUAAUCUCUAAUAGGUCUAGGGUUUUCUCUAUUUUCCUCUACUUUUCGUGAAUUAAGCAAAUUGCCAGAUGAUUUAACUCUAGAUAUAGGUAGUUCUACUAAUUUGGGUUUUAAUGACCUCCGUCCUAGCAUGCAACAUUAAUUCACGAAUUAUUUUUUUAUAUAGAAAUGAGAUAUGAAAAGAAAAUGUAGAAAAAUAGAAAAAUAAUUCCUAUAGAGAAUUAAAGAUUUCGAAAUUACCUUCGCCAAGAACAGCACCAAAAAUUGAUGUGGUUCUAAGUCGUUAUUAGAAUCAUCAAUCAAUUUUAAUAACUUGUUCAACUAGAUUCAACAAAAAUAAUAAUAAGAAUUUUAGAUGGAUAUAGUGGUGAGCUAGGUCAUCUCCUUAGGGGAAAGCUUUUAAAAAUCCUUUUAUCCUCUAAUUUAAAGAAUUACAAAUUGAUUAGAAGAUUUAAAUUCAUAUUCAAAACAAUAAAUGAAAUAAAAUGGCAAAUAAAUAUAAAUGCGAAUAUAAAAAUGAAAUGAAUUAAAAUCAAUAAACUAAAUAUGCUUUGGAUUGAUUAAAAUAGAAGAAAAAAAGUAAAUAAAUAAUUUAACCUAAGAAAAUAAAAUUAUUUCACAGAUCAAACAAGAAAAUAAUAAAAACUCUAUUAAAAAUCAAACUUACAACUCUUUGAAUGCAUGGCUUGAUGUCAACUUCUGGGUAGCACUUCUCAAUCUUGCAUCUAGUUCAAUAGAAUGGAUUUAAGGUGAAAAGGGUAAAGGAGAACAAUCAAAAUUAACAAUGCACUCUUCAGAAUCCUAUUUUCUCAUGAGAAAGAAGAACAAUAUUUUCUCUCAAGAACAACCCAAGAACAACUCUAGAAAAUCUCCAUUUCCCUCCCCUCUUCCUCCUUUGUCCCAUAGAUCUACAAAUCGAAUUUUCUAUUUUGACUUCUUAUUUUCUGUCAUAUUUUGCCAAUUUUUCUCUAAAGUUUUCAGCAUUUUCCCCUUUUCUCAUGGGGUAAUAAUCGAUAUUAUCUAUUUUGCCAGAUGAUAAUCAAUAUUUGAAUAUAUACCCUUUUGUGCAUGUGAGGGAAUAAUUGAUAUCGUUUGUUUUACCAAAUGAUAAUUGAUAUUUCUAAAUAUAUGCUCCGAAGCAUGGUUCGAUGAAGACUAUUGGAUCCUUGUGCUAUGAUUUUGCUCUGAAGAGGGGUGAUGUGGCCUAAUAAUCACUGUUAGAUCUCCAUCGGCUCUUGCUCCUUUUGCAUGUGCUUUAUCACGAUCUGUGUGCAUCAGAUGCCAUGAUAGCCACUGUUGGAUUGGUGGCUACUUUUCAUGUAUUGAUGGCUAUGACAUGGAGUGUGGGAUCUACUAGCAGUCACCAUUGGAUCUUGGAGCUACUUUUUCAUAUGACAGCAACAGUGAUGUGGCUUCAUGGCAUGCAUUAGAUUUGACCACUACUAUCACACUACUGUUAGAUCUGAAAAGAAUAUAAAGUUAAUCCCAUAUUGAAAGUAUUAUGUGAUUGUUAUCAUAUCUAAUAAUGAUGUCUUCUAAUUAUAUUUAUUUUAAAGCCUCAAAUUUUUAGAAAAAUUAUAUAAAAUAGAUUUCAAUUAAUCAUAAAAUUUAGCACAAUAAUAUUUUAUUUUAAAAAAUAAGUGAGAAUUAAGCCUCAAGAUAUAAAAUAAAUUCUCAUCAACUUUUUGUUUAUUCAUAAAAUAUCAAUUUAAAUUAAGAUUUAGAGAGGUUCAUUUAAAUAACAAAUAAAAUAAUUUACAUGAUAACUUGUGAAAUAUUCCUCAAAUAUACAUUAUUGUCCUACAACAUAAAUUAAUAAUGAAUACUUCACCCCCCAACUUAAAAAUGACAUUGUCCUCAAUGACACAGAAAAAUCGAAACAAAAUAUGCAGAAAAGAUAAUUUUCAAGUGAAGUAUACAUAUAUGUAAAGUUAAGCAUUAAAAAUGUUGUCAUAAAUGAUUAAGCUCAGAAAGACAUCACCUCAACCUCAUUUUUAAUUUUCCACUUCAUCUUACACUCCUCCUACACUUUUUCGAAAAAACAAAUACAGAAACAAGUAUUGCAAAAUACUAAGAAAAAUAGAGCUUAAAAAAAAAUCAAACAUAAUGAAAUAAAAACCAUGGGUUGCCUAUCAUGCAAUGUUGCAAUUAAUGUCGCUAGCUGGACAGCUCUAAGAUCAUAUAAGAUGAUCUAUGGCCAUCAAAAUAUAUUGAUAUCCCAAGGUAAGUUUCAUGAUAUUCUUUUUCAAAUUUAGCAUAAAUUUUGUAUCCUCUUGACAUGACUCAGUCGUUUUAUAUUAAAUCACGCAAAUAUAAAAUUUGUAAAACUAGAAAAUACGAAUUUUCAGAUAUUUAGAAGUAUUUCUAAAUAAAUAUAUCAAUUAUAAUUCAAUAAAAUUCCAAAAAAUAGCGGUAAUUUUCCAAGUCAAUCACAAGGAUGUAAUAUAAUAUCUGGUAAUUAUUCAGAAUUAUUCUCAAUGAAUACGAUUUUCUUACGAAUUUUAUACUAGGAAAUAAAAAGGAAAUAUAUUUAAAAUUCACGAAAAAAAAAGGAAAUAAGGGUGCGGGCGUCAGGAUGAUGUCAGCGCCCGGUGAACGUGAAUCAGGUGAAAACAGAGUUCUGCCCGACGAUUCUUACGUAAGCGAUUACAGACGACUUAAUUAAUCAAAUUAAGAUCUGUAAAAGCCGGAAGAAUCGUAAUUUAACGAAGUAUAGUUUGGUAAAUUAAAAUCACACAAAGUAUCACUAAAUAAAGCGUAAAUUAAAUUGAAAGCAGGAAAACAGAGCUCUGACGUCGCGACGGCGAUGCGUCGACGAUGCACCGGAAUCCUAAGCGUUCGGGAGGGUUGUCGUGUAGUGUCCACGGCCUCGAACGCUCUCCUUGGACAAAGACGAUGUGGACAAUUUCUAGAUCUUCUCGCGAAGUCUAAAAAUCAAUGAAGUGGGUCGUCGAAUCGUCUCCGGCGGCUGUCACCCGACAGAGAGGAGCUGGAUGGAGGUGGGGCGUAUGUCAAGGAGCUUCAUCCUCAGGUCCACGCAGCAAGAGGAGGCUCUUCAUCGCAUCUGGUACGCUCUCAAGAGGUGGCGACUGGUCUCCCGGCGGAUCAUCCUCUUCCUGACGACGGCUUGUUCGUUGAUCAAUCGGAGAUGAUUUACUCGAUGGAUUCACGAUCCUUUUAUCGUGAAUCGUUCAGCAAUUUUAGUAGCAAUGCUCCGCGAAUCGCGUUGACGAGAUUUUUGCCGAUGAUCCAAUGAUUCUCGUUGCUUAAUCCUUCACCGACGAUCUGCAGGAAUGUCGUGAUAAUCAGAUAAAAAUAUAUGAAUUUUGACUCUGGGAGGGUUCGAACCCACGCCGGUCGCUCGCCUCUUCUGAGGAAGGUGUGACGGGGGUUUAGUCCCACAUCGGUUGUACGCCGAUUUUUCGGGUGAAUAUAUAGUAGUGUUAGCUUUCUCAGCAAAGUCCCUUCUCUCGCGUGUAUGACCACUCCUUGCCCCACAGCCAGCUGGCCACCGGUGACGUGGAAGGGGAGUGUGGCGUACGCAUGCCCUGUCAGUCCCCAAGCCAAGUCGCUUGAGCCCCUGCUCGCGGCUUACUCCCCGACUGCACUUCCGACCCACUUGCCGCUUGCGAGCUCGGCUGGCCGGCGGGUUCCCCUCAUUUUUGCAAUAUUUUUAUUUUUAUUUGUUCUUCAUUUAUCUCAAAAGUUUGACUGUAAAAAUUGUAUAAAAUCACAUAAUUACCCAAAAAUUCAUGUUAAUCAAUUGAAAACCAAAAAUCAUUUUUUAACACAAAUAUAAGUCUAUUUAUCAUGAGUUAAGGCUAAAACUAUAUUAUUUACUAAUUAUUAACUCAUGAUAAUGAAGACUUAUCACCUCCCCUACUCCAUUUUAUCUUCCAUACAUAUUUGUUCAAUUUGCAAGGAGUGAAAUAUUUCAAGCUUAGAAAUAAUUCUAAUGAGCUGUGAGUUUUGAAGGAUGGAAGGAUUUUCUUCUUUAAUCUUAGAUCUAAUGAAUUCAGUAAAAUUUUAAUUUUCUCCUCCAAAAUUAUCUCUAUACUCAUAUUCAUUAUUUUCGUUUCUCACCAUUAGUUGAAUCAACUUUUUUUCUAGCUUUUCAUUUCUCAACUCAUCAAAUUCGUCAUCUUCCUAAGAGCUAUCUUUUAAUUUUGAGGUAUGAUAUACAUCAUUAUCAACAUCCAUGGCUGGAAAAUUAUGAUUAGAUUUAUUAAUGUCGUCUCCUACAUCUCCUAAAUCAACUCAUUUUUCCUCACCUGAAAUAUAUUUUUCUUCAUUUGUGUCCUUACUCCCUUCUACUAAAAUUUGGAUGAUUUUUCCAUGAUCAGCUGUUGUCUCUUCAUCUAAGGGGUCUUUCUCCUCAUCAUCCUCACUAUAUUCAUUCAUCAAUUGUGAGCAAUAAAUGAUUUUAUUCAAAUUUUCUACUACUAUAUUUUCAGCCUUAAUGUUCUCAUUUACUUCUAAUGGCUCAUUAAUUUUAUCUAAUAAUUAGAAAUAAGGAUUAGGUAAAAUAUUCUCACUCAAUAUAUUCACUGACUUAACAUUUUCAUUUCAUGAGUUUUUUUCUAAAUUUAUUCAGCUAGACUCUCCUUGCUGAAAUCUUAUUGUUGGAUAGUUUCUUGAAUUUUCUAUGGGCUGACUAGGUAGCUAUCCCUCUUCUCUCUUAUUCCUAAGAGUCUCUAUAAUUUGUUUCUAGUGCAGCAUCAUUUGAUUCAUAGUUUGUUGCAUCAUUUGGCUCAUUUGCUGCAUCAUUUCCAUAGCAUCAGGUUGAAUUUGAGAGGACUGAUUUUUUUGAAAUGUAUGUUCCUAUUUUGGACAAAAUUCAAAAUGUGAAUUGGAUCUAAGUGCUUUUGGAUUUUGAAUAUUAUUUGGGUCUCUCGAUGAAAAAUUAUUCCUCUAAUUAGGGUUAUAAAAAUUUGAAAAAGGUUCCCUAUUUCUAUUAAAACUGUGAGCUACUUGCACUUGUUCUUGCCUAGGUUGAAAUGAUUGAUCUAAAUUAUAACAUUGAAAUUCAGAAUAAUCAUUUUCACCAUACAUAGGACAUGUACUAUUCGAAUUAAAUUGAGGCUUAAAAGGCUUUCUAAUAUUGUCAAUAAGUAAUUCAAUUUUUUCUAAUAUUUGAUUAAUCUAAUUAACCUCAUUUCUAAGUUUAGAAUCAUCAUCAUGAUGCAAUUCAUAAAUUUCUCUCUUCUUAUCCUUGUCAUAUAAUUCAAAAGAGACUUGAUCUCUAGAAUUUUCACUUAAAUUCUCAUAAAGAUUGUAAAUCUCAUCAAGAGUUUUCUCCAUAAAUGCUCCUCCACAUAUAGAAUCAACCAUAUUUCUAUGUUGUUCUAAUAAUCCAUCAUAAAAAAUUCUAUUGAGCUGUCACUUGGGUAUAGCAUGAUGAGGAGACUUUUUAAGUAAAUCUUUGAAUUUUUCCCAUGUCUCAUGCAAAGUUUAUCCUGGUCUUUGAGAAAAACUCCAUAUAUGUUUUUUUUAUAUUUUGAGUUUUUCCUAAGGGAUAAAAUUUUUAAAGAAAGGCCUGUUCUAUAUCUUUCUAGCUAGUUAAUUCUCUAUCGAACAUGGAUAGCUAAUGACUAGCUUUGUCCCUAAGUGUAUGAGGGAAUAAUUUCAUUUUAAUAAUUUCUAGUGUAACUUGAAGGAGAUUAACUAAAUCACAGACCAUAUGAAAUUUUUCUAAGUGCUGAUGAGGUUCUUCUAAAGGCAAUCCAUGAAAAUUAGGGAGUAUUUAAAAAAUUCUUCAAUUUAUUUCGAAUUUAACAGUGGGUGCUAAUGGGACUGUAAUAUUGGAUGCUCUUUGAAAUGAAUUAGGGAUAUAAUAAUUUUUCAUGGCCAUAGAAUUGUUCUCAAUUUGGCCUGUAUUUCCUUCAGGAUCUAUCAAAAUUAAUUUUUCUUUCGGAUCUUUAUUUUUGAAUGAAAUAAUGAAAGGAUUUUCUAGCCUUGGAUGCAAGGAUCUUCUACCAUGCAUAAAAUACAAUAAAUUCGAGAGAAAAAUUUAGUAAUUGUUACCCUCCUUCAGUAUGCUCCAUUCCUUGUCUUGCUUCUUUUCAUUCCCUUUUUCUAAAAAAAAAAUCGACAAAAAGAAAAUAAAACAAAGAGUUAAAUUUUUUUGUGUACUCUAAGAGAAAAAUAGAAAAAUACUAAAUAUUAUGCAAUACAUUCCCAACAAUAGUACCAAAAUUUGAUGUGACUCAGUCGUUGUAUAUUAAAUCACGUAAAUAUUAAAUUUAUAAAACUAGAAAAUAUGAAUUUUUAGAUAUUUAGAAGUAUUUAUAAAUAAAUAUAUCAAUUAUAAUUCAAUAAAACUUCCAAAAAUAGUAGUGAUUUUCUAGGUCGAUCACAAGGAUGUAAUAUAAUAUCUAGUAAUUAUUCAUAAUACAAUGUUCUAUGAAUUAUAUACUAAGAAUUGAAAAGAAAAUAUAUUUAAAAUUUACAAAAAAAGAAAAUAAGUGUGCCAAUAUCAAGAUGAUGUUAGUGCCCGGCGAAUGUGAAUUGGGCGAAAAUAGAGUUUCGCUUGGCGAUUCUUAUGUAAGCAAUUACAAAUGAUUUAAUUAAUCAAAUUAAGAUCUGUAAAAGCCAGAAGAAUUGUAAUUGAACAAAGUAUACUUUGAUAAAUUAAAAACACAAAAUUAUCACUAAAUGAAGCGUAAAGUAAAUUGAAAGCAAGAAAACAAAGUUCCGGCAUCGCGACGGUGAUGCGUCGGCGAUGCACUGGAAUCUUAAGCAUUCGGGAGGAUCAUCAUGUAGUGUCCACGGCCUCGAAGGCCCUCCUUGGACAAAGCUGACAUGGGCAAUCUCUAGAUCUCCUUGCAAAGUCUAGAGAUUAAUAAAAUGGGUCGUCGAAUCGUCUCUGGCGGCUAUCACCCAGCGGAGCAGAAAAACGGUGACUUUGCAGCUCUCUAGUGGCUAUCACCCGACAGAGAAGAGCUGGAUGGAGGUGGGGCGCAUGUUAGGGAGCUUCAUCCUCAAGUCUGCACAGCAAGAGGAGACUCUUCAUUGCAUCCGGUACGCUCUCAAGAGGUGGCGACUCGUCUCUCGGCAGAUCGUCCUCUUCCCAACAAUGGCUUGUUCAUCGAUCAAUCGGAGAUGAUUUACUCAAUGGAUUCACGAUCCUUUUAUCGUAAAUUGUUCAGCAAUUUUAGUAGCAAUGCUCCACGAAUCGUGUUGACGAAGUUUUCGCUGAUGAUCUAACGAUUCUCGUUGCUUAAUCCUUCACCGACGAUCUGCAAGAAAGUCACGAUAAUUAUAUAAAAAUAUAUUACUUUUGACUCUAGAAGGACUCAAACCUAUGCCAGUCAUUCGCCUCUUUUGAGGAAGGUGUGAUGCGGGUUUAGUCCCACAUCGGUUGUGCGCCAAUUUUUCAGGCGAAUAUAUAGUAAUGUUAGAUUUCUAAGCAAAGUUCCUUCUCUCGUGUGUACGACCACUCCUUGCCCCACAACUGACUGGCCACUGGUGACAUGGAAGGGGAAUGGCACACAUGUGCCCCUAUCGGUCCAAGCUACUUGAGCCCCUACUCGUGGCUACUCCCUAACUGAGCUUCCAACCUGCUUGCGGGCCCAGCUAGCCGGCGAGUCCCCUCAUUUUAUUUUUAUUUCUUGUUCUUCAUUUAUCUCAAAAGUAAGACUAUAAAAAUCAUAUAAAAUCAUAUAAUUACCCAAAAAUUCACGUUAAUUAAUUAAAAACCACUUUUCACACUUUAACACAAAUAUAAGUCUAUUUAUCAUGAGUUAAGGCUAAAACUAUAUUAUUUACUAAUUAUUAACUCAUGAUAAUGAAGACUUAUCAGUGGCCAAUUGAUCAAUUGAGCAAGGAGCACCUAUACACAUGCGCGUGCAUGAGGGCAAACCACCUUAUUGUUUUCUCUCAAAAUGGUCCUAGGAAUUAUUUUAUUUCAAGGGAAGGGAUCUCUACUAAGAGAGAGAAGCUUUAGUUUAUAUUCAGCACAUGUGUCUGAUAUAUUUCUAUUGUGGGACUAAAUGUUUUCAUCUAUUUCAAUGCAACUAUCUAGAGUGCUAUGUGAUCUAGCAAUAUACAAAGAGUCAUGUUGAUGUCUUCAUUAUCAUGAGUUAAUAAUUAGUAAAUAAUAUAUUAUUAGCCUGAACUCAUCAUAAAUAGACUUAUAUUUGUGUUAAAAUGUGAAAAGUGAUUUUCAAUUGAUUAAUGUGAUUUGUUGGCUAAUUAUGUGAUUUUCUAUGAAUUUAUAUAAUUUUUAUAAUUGUAUUUUUUAGAUAAAUAAAGAAAAAGAAAUAAAAAUAAAAAUAUAACAAAAUGAGGGGAACCUACCAACCAACCAACCAAGCCUGCAAGCAAGUUGGAAGCACAGUUAAGGAGGAGCUGUGAGUAGAGGCUCGAGUGGGUAAGACAGAUGGGGACAUGUGUGUGCCAUUCCCCUUCCAUGUCACUAGUGGCCAACUAGCUAUAGGGCAAAGAGUGGUCCUACGUGUGGGAGAAAGGGACUCAUUAUUUACAAUGUGAUAUUACUAUACAUUUGCUAGAAACUUUGACGCAUAAGUGAUGUGGGACUAAACUUGUGUCACACCUUCCUCUGAAAAGGUUUGAAGAUUUUAAUACCUAAAAUACUUCUUAGUUAUAAUAGAAAUAUACCAUGAUGAUGUCACUUGAUAAGGGUAUUAAAGCACUUAUUUCAAUCUCUCUCAUACAAGUAGACAAUUGGCAAGGGUUUGAAUCCUCUAAGAGCCAAAACUUAUAUUUUAUCUACUUAUCGUGACUUUCCUACAAAUCACUAGUGAAGGAUUAAACAGCAAGAAUUUUUGGAUCAUCGGCAAAAAUCUCAUCAAUGUGAUUCGUGGAGCAUUUUUACUAAAAUUGUUAAACGGUUCAUGAUAAGUUUUCAUUAUCAUGAGUUAAUAAUUAGUAAAUAAUAUAGUUUUAGCCUUAACUCAUAAUAAAUAGACAUAUAUUUGUGUUAAAGUGUGAAAAGUGGUUUUCAAUUGAUUAACAUGAAUUUUUGUGUAAUUAUGUGAUUUUAUAUGAUUUUAUAUAAUUUUUAUAGUCUUACUUUUGAGAUAAAUGAAGGAAAAGAAAUUAAAAUAAAAAUAGCAAAAUGGGGGGGACCCACUGGCCAGCGCGGCCCACAAGCGGGUCGGAAGCAAGUUGGGUAGGAGCCAUGAGCAGGGGCUCGAGCAGCUUGAACUGAUGGGGGCAUGUGUGCACCACUCCCCUUCCAUGUCACUAGUGGCCAACUGGCUGUGGGGCAAGGAGUCGUUGUACACGUGCGAGAAAGGGACUUGAUUGAAAAUUUAAUAUUACUAUAUAUUUGUCAAAAACUUCAGUGCACAAUUGAUGUGGGACUAAACCCGUGUCACCUUCCCUAGAUAGGGCAGGGUAACCGAUGUGGGUUCAAAUCCUCUUAGAGCCAAAACUCAUAUUUUUUUCAUCUGAUUAUCACGACUUUCCUGCAGAUCACCGGUGAAGGAUUAACCAACCAAAAUUGCUCGAUCAUCAAUGAAAAUCUCAUCAACAUAAUUCAUGAAGCAUUGUAACUAAAAUUGUUGAACAAUUCGUGAUAAAAGGAUCGCAAAUCCAUCGAGUAAAGUAGCUCUAAUUGGUCAACAAACAAGCUGUCGUCAGAAAGAGGACAAUCUGGCGAGAGACAAGUCGCCACCUCCUAAGAGCAUACCAGAUGCGAUGAAGAGCCUCCUCUUGUUGCAUAAACCUGAGGAUGAAGCUCCCUGACACGCGCCCCACUUUCAUCCAGCUCCUCUCCGUCAAGUGACAACCGUUAGAGAGCUGCAAAGUCGCCAUUUUUCUGCUCUGCCGGGUGACAACUGUCGAAGAUGAUUUGAUGACUCAUUUCAUUGAUCUUUAGACUUUGCAAGGAGAUCUAAUGAUUGCCCACGUCGUCUUUGUCCAAAGAGAGCUUUCGAGGCCAUGGAUAUUGCAUGACAAUCCUCUCGAAUGCUCAAGAUUCCAGUGUAUCACCAAUGCAUCGCCAUAGCGAUGCCAGAACUCUAUUUUCCUACUUUAAACUUAAUUUUCAUUUCAUUUAGUGAUAAUUUGUUGAUUUUAAAUUUACCAAGAUAAACUUCAUUUUAUUAUGAUUCUUCUGGCUUUUAUAGAUUUUAAUUUGAUCAAUUAAAUCAUCUAUAAUCGCUUAUGUAAGAAUCAUCGUGUAGAACUCUAUUUUUACUUGAUUCAUGUUCGCCAGGCACUGACAUCAUCUUGAUGUCUGCACCUUUAAUUUCCUUUUUUGUGAAUUUUAAAUAUAUUUAAUUUUCAUUUCCUAGUAUAAAAUUCAUAGAAAAUAGUAUUCUUUGAGGAAAAUUCUGAAUAAUUACCAGAUAUUAUAUUAUAUCCCUGUGAUCAACUUGGAAAAUUAUAGCUAUUUUUGGAUGUUUUAUUGAGUCAUAAUUGAUAUAUUUGCUCAGAAAUACUUUUAAAUACUUAAAAAUUCAUAUUUUCUACUUUUAUAAAUUUUAAAUUUUUGUGAUUUACUAUACAACGACUAAGUCAUGUCAAUUCAUGAUAAAAGGAUCAUAAAUUUAUCAAGUAAAUGAUCUCUGAUUGAUCGACAAAUAAGUCAUUGUUGAAAAAAGACGAUAUGUCAGGAGACAAGUCGCACCUACUAAGAGCAUACUAGAUGCGAUGAAGAGCCUCCUCUUACUAUGUAGACCUUAGGUUGAAGCUCCCUCACAUGCACCCCACCUCCAUUUAGCACCUCUCUAUUAGGUGACAGCUACAAGAAAACCUCAAAAUUAUUGUUUUUCUACUCCAUUAGGUGACAGCUUUUGGAGAGGAUUUGACGACUCAUUUCAUUGAUCUCUAGACUUUGUAAAGAGAUCUAGAAAUUACCCACAUCGUCCUUGUCUAAGGAGAGCCUUCAAAGUUGUGGACACACAAUAAUCCUCCCAAACGCUCAAGAUUCUAGUACAUUGCUAAUGCAUCACCAUCGCAACAUCGAAACUCUAUUUUCUUACUUUCAACUUAAUUUCAGCUUCAUUUAGUAAUAAUUUAUGUGAUUUAAAUUUAUCAAGCUAUACUUCAUUCAAUUAUGAUUCUUUCGGCUUUUACAGGUCUUAAUUGAAUUAAUUAAAUCAUUUAUAAUCACUUACAAAAGAAUCGUCGAGCAGAAAACUAUUUUGCCUAAUUCAUAUUCAUCGGGCACUAGCAUCAUUGAUGUGACAUAGUCGUGGUAUAUUAAAUCAUACAAAUCUAGAAUUUAUAAAAAUAGAAAAUACAAAUUUUCAGAUAUUUAGAAGUAUUUUCAAACAAAUAUAUCAAUUAUAAUUCAAUAAACUUCUAAAAAUAGUAGUAAUUUUCCAAGUCAAUCACAAGGAUGUAAUAUAAUAUCUGGUAAUUAUUUAGAAUUUUCCUCAAAGAAUACUAUUUUCUAUGAAUUUUAUACUAGGAAAUGAAAAGGAAAUAUAUUUAAAAUUCACGAAGAAAAGGAAAUAAGGGUGUAGACGUUAAAAUGAUGUCAGCGCCCAACAAAUGUGAAUUAGGUAGAAAUAGAGUUCUACUCAGUGAUUCUUACGUAAGCGACUAUAGAUGAUUUAAUUGAUUAAAUUAAGAUUUAUAAAAGUCAGAAGAAUCAUAAUGAAAUGAAGUAUAUCUUGGUAAAUUUUAAAAUCUAAAACAUUAUCACUAAAUGAAAUGAAAAUUAAGUUGAAAGUAGGAAAAUGAAGUUCCAGCGUCGUGGUAGUGAUGCGUCGAUGAUGCACCGAAAUCUUGUGUUUGAGAGGAUCAUCGUGUAGUAUUUAUGACCUCAAAGGCUCUCCUUGGACAAGGACGAUGUGGGUAAUCUCUAGAUCUCCUUGUGAAGUCUAAAGAUCAAUGAAAUCAGUCCUUGAAUCAUCUCUAGCAGCUGUCACCUGGUGGAGCGAAAAAAUGGCAACUUUGCGGCUCUCCGGCGAUUGUCACCUGAUGGAGAGGAGCUCAAUGGAGAUGGGGCAUGUGUCAAGGAGCUUCAUCCUCAGGUCUGCGCAGCAAGAGGAGACUCUUCAUCACAUCCGGUAUGUUCUUAAGAAGUGGUAACUCAUCUCCCAGUGGAUCAUCCACUUUCCAACGACAGCUUGUUCAUCGAUCAAUUGGAGAUGCUUUACUCGAUGGAUUUGUGAUCCUUUUAUCACGAAUCAUUCAGUAAUUUUAGUAACAAUGCUUCGCAAAUCACGUUGACGAGAUUUUCGCCGAUGAUCAAGUGAUUUUGGUUGCUUAAUCCUUCACUAGCGAUUUGCAAGAAAGUUGCGAUAAUUAGUUAAAAAAAUAUGAGUCUUGGCUCUGAGAGGAUUCGAAUCCACAUUGGUUGCGUGCCCUUUUUGGGGAUGGUGUGAUGUGGGUUUAGUCCCACAUCACUUGUGCAAUAAAUUUUUGGGUGAAUAUAUAGUAAUGUUACAUAUGAAAGCAAGUCCCGUUCUCACGCAUGUACAACCAUUCCUUGCCCCAUAGUUGGCUGGCCACCAAGAAGGGGAGUGGCGCACAUGUGACCCUAUUGGUCCAAUCCGCUCAAGCCCUUACUCACGAUUGCAUUUUUGACUAGACUUUUGACCCGCUUGCAAGCUCGGCUGGCUAGUAGUUCCCCCCAACUUUAUCUUAUUUUUAUUUUUAUUUCUUUUUCUUCAUUUAUCUCAAAAGUAAGAUUGUAAAAAUCAUAUAAAUUCAUAUAAAAUCAUAUAAUUAUCCAAAAAAUCACAUUAAUCAACUAAAAACCACUUUUCACACUUUAACAUAAAUAUAAGUCAAUUUAUUAUGAGUUAAGGCUAAAACUAUAUUAUUUACUAAUUAUUAACUCAUGAUAAUGAAGACUUAUCAAUCACUUACGAAAGAUACUCAUGAUAAUGAUAAUAUAAGUCUAUUUUACUAAUUAUUUAAAAUCACUUACGAAAGAAUCAUCAAGCGGAACCCUUUUACCUGAGCCCUUGUAAUAUAAAAUUCAUAAAAAAUUCAUAAACCCUUGUACCUAAUCAAUGAAAUUCAUAAAAAAUUCAUAAACCCUUGUACCUUAUCAUCGAGCAAAAGAAUCAUUUUGUAAUAUAAAAUUCAUAAAAAAUUGAUGCAAGAUGGGGUGAGAACCCUUGUACCUGAUCAAUGAAACUCAAGACUCGAGAUAGGGCAGUCAAACUGAUCCGAUAAGAAUGUAUGGACCCUAGACUCUAGGUCUGACCACCUAACCUAAGUACAGGUAGGCAUACUAAUAUGCACUAUCAACCCAAGACAAUCGAGGGAAACACUCGAUGAUGGUAAGUGUGAGACCCUCUCAGUCCACAUUUAGACAAAUGGCAGAACAAUUGUCGUGAAAUAGCUUAGGGCUGCAGCUCACGAAUAAUGAUGAGUUUGACGUAGCAUCAGAAGUCAUGAUCUUAUAACUCAUCCUAUCCUAUCUACAUUCUCCAGAUGGCGGUGAAAAUGAAUGGAGAAAACCCUUCGAAAGGUAAUUAAACUUAAGUAAGAAGGGGUACAAAGCUAAGCUUUAGGGAUGCGUAGCUUGGCGGGUCGUGACGGAGUGAAGACAUAAGCAAAGACGUCUAGUGAAGAGCGAUGCUUAGUGUCAAUGGUCGGUCUUGGUCGAGAGUCACAAUAGUUGUCAUCGUAAGACGUGGCAGUCGGUGUAGGCAUGGGCCUGUUGGUGGGCCAAAGGGCACACUAGCGGGCGGACACAGCAUGCCGCAUGGCGUGCCUCGGGGCACAUGGGCGGCGGUGCCAAGUGGGUGCACGGGCUGCAAGAGCCAGUGCAUGGGGCACGUGCAGCGGCGGCACUUUGGCGGGAAUGUUGAGCUUUGGUAGUUGGGCGGAAGCCCAACUGUCGCCAGAAGGAUCAGCCUUCUCUAGCAGUGCCAGGAAGUAGAGCAGAGGAAGGAGACAAUCCCCACCAACGAUACAAGGGAGGGUUGAGCCCUCUUGGUCUAGGCGGCGUUAGAAAUGGCACGACGGUAGUAGAUCAUUGGGAAACUCUGACGGGGGCCUGUGAGGAGCUUGGACUGGAUCUGGCUUGUCGGCAUGGCUGCAAGGUCUCUCUUGAUGUCGGCAGCAGGUAGGCAUUCGUCGGCAAAUGGCUAGCGAUUGGGUAGAGCGGCAGAUGGCGGCUCCAACGAGUUUAUGGUGAAGUUCCAAAGGAAGAGGGGGCAGUCAAACUAGGAGUCAAGAGACUCCGACAGAGUGCUCGACGACAGCUUGUAGGGAGGCAAAGCAAGCCCCUUUCGUCACAAUGGCAUGACGGGGUUCUAGCAGAGGCGGCGGCAAUUGCAGCGGCUACCACAACCCUUUCAUCCGGUGAUGGCGGCAAUCUCAUAGAUGGCAAUGAAGAUGUCCGGCGGCAGCAGUUGGUCUCAGGUGGCGGUGAGACUUCUCAAGCAGUAGUGUCACGAAGAAAGAAGUCCUCAAAGGGUAUCAAUGACCUUCCUCUCCCUCCCCUCCCUAUCCUAGGUCAUGAAGAAGGUAACUCACAAAUGAUAAUCUCUCAGAAAAUUUGGCAUUUCUUGUUGAGGGGGGGUCCUACCUCCCCUUAUAUAGGGCCAACAAGUGGGCUAAGAGGAGGUGAGCCCACUUGAGGCCCUCAAGCCCAUAAGCCACAAAAAGGCUACAAAAAUUAAUUUUGAUGGAUCCUGAUGGAAGUAUAAGUCAAACUGAGAAUAAUCUAAUGGCCAUGAAAAAUUAUUAUGUUCCUAAUUCAUUUCAAAGAGCAUCCAAUAUUAGAGUCCCAUUAGCACCCACUUUUAAAUUCAAAAUAAAUUUAGAAUUUUUUUAAAUACUCCCUAAUUUUCAUGAACUACCUUUAGAGAAACCUUAUUAGCAUUUAGAAAAAUUUCAUAUACUCUAUGAUUUAGUUAAUCUCCCUCAAGUUACAUCGAAAAUUAUUACAAUGAAAUUAUUUCCUUGUAUACUUAAGGACAAAGUUAGUUAUUGAUUAUCCACAUUAGAUAGUAAAUUAAUUAGUUGGAAAGACAUAGAGCAAGCCUUUCUUCAAAAAAUUUAUCUCUUAAGAAAAACUCAAAAUAUGAGAAAACAUAUAUGGAGUUUUUCUCAAAGAUCAAGAGAAACUUUGCAUGAGACAUGAGAAAAAUUCAAAGAUUUACUUAGAAAGUGUCCUCAAGUGGCAGCUCAAUAGAAUUUUGUAUGAUGGAUUAUUAGAACAACAUAGAAAUAUGAUUGAUUCUAUAUGUGGAGGAACUUUUAUGGAGAAAACCCUUGAUGAGAUUUACAAUCUUUAUGAGAAUUUAAGUAAAAAUUAUAGAGAUCAAGCCUCUUUUAAAUUAUAUGAUAGAGAUAAUAAGAAAAGAAUUUAUGAAUUGCAUCAUCAAAAUGAUUCUAAUUUAUAAAAUGAGGUUAAUCAAAUUAAUCAAAUAUUAAAAAAACUUGAUUUACUUAUUGACAAUAUUAGAAAGCCUCUUAACCCUUAUUUUAAUUCAAAUAGUACCUAUUAUAUGUAUGAUGAAAAUAAUUAUUCUGAAUUUUAAUACUAUAAUUUAGAUCAAUUAUUUCACCUUACAAGAACAAGUACAAGUAGCUCACAGUUUUAAUAGAAAUAGUGAGCCUUUUUUAAAUUCUUAUAAUCUUAAUUGGAGGAAUAAUUUUUCAUAGAGAGACCCAAAUAAUAUUCAAAAUUCAGAAGCACUUAGACUAAAUUCAAACUCUGAAUUUUGUCCAAAAUAGGAACAUAGAUUUCAGAAAAAUCAACCCUCUCAAAUCCAACAUGAUACUAUAAAAAUGAUACAGCAAAUAAGUCAAAUGAUGUAACAAAUUAUGAAUCAAAUGAUGUUGCAGUAGAAAUAAAUUAUAGAGCCUCUUGAGAAUAAGAGAGAAGAGGGAUGACGUGACUUAGUCAUUGUAUAUUAAAUCACAUAAAUAUAAAAUUUAUAAAACUAGAAAAUACGAAUUUUCACAUAUUUAGAAGUAUUUCUAAAUAAAUAUAUCAAUUAUAAUUUAAUAAAAAUUCCAAAAAUAGCAGUAAUUUUCCAGGUCGAUCACAGGGAUGUAAUAUAAUAUCUGGUAAUUAUUCAAAAUUUUUCUCAAUGAAUAUGGUUUUCUUUCAAAUUUACACUAAGAAAUAAAAAGAAAAUAUAUUUAAAAUUCACGAAAAAAAAGGAAAUAAGGGUGCGGCGUUAGGAUGACGUCAACGCUCGGCAAAUGUGAAUCAGGCGGAAACAGAGUUCCGCCCAGUGAUUCUUACGUAAGUGAUUACAGACGACUUAAUUAAUCAAAUUAAGAUUUGUAAAAGCCGAAAGAAUCAUAAUUGAACGAAGUAUAGUUUGGUAAAUUAAAAUCACACAAAGUAUCACUAAAUGAAGCGUAAAUUAAAUUGAAAGCAGGAAAACAGAGUUCCGACAUCACGACGACAGAUCGUCAGUGAUGCACCGGAAUCCUGAGCGUUCGAGAGGAUCGUCGUGUAGUGUCCACAGCCUCGAAGGCUCUCCUUGGACAAAGACUACGUGGGCAAUCUCUAGAUCUUCUCGCGAACUCUAGAGAUCAAUGAAGUGGGUCGUCAAAUCAUCUCCGGCGAUUGUCACCCAGCGGAGUGGAAAAAUAGCGACAUUACGGCUCUCCGGCAGUUGUCACCUAAUAGAGAGGAGCUGGAUAGAGGUGGGGCGCGUGUCACCGAGCUUCAUCCUCAGGUCCGCGCAGCAAGAGGAGGCUCUUCAUCGCAUCUGGUACGCUCUCAGGAGGUGGCGACUAGUCUCCCAGCAGAUCGUCCUCUUUCCGACGACAGCUUGUUCGUCAAUCAAUUGGAGAUGAUUUACUCAAUGGAUUUGUGAUCCUUUUAUCGUGAAUCAUUCAGCAAUUUUAGUAGCAAUGCUCAACAAAUCGCAUUGACGAGAUUUUCGCCGAUGAUCCAGUGAUUCUUGUUGCUUAAUCCUUCACCAGCGAUCUACAAGAAAGUCACGAUAAUCAGAUAAAAAUAUAUGAAUUUUGACUCUGAAAGGAUUCAAACCCACGCCAGUCGCCCGCCUGUGAGGAAGGUGUGACGCAGGUUUAGUCCCACAUCGGUUGUGUGCCGAUUUUUCGAGCGAAUAUAUAGUAAUGUUAACUUUGUAAACAAAGUCCCUUCUCUCGCAUGUAAGACCACUCCUUGCCCCACAGCCGGCUGGCCACCAGUGACGUGGAAGGGGAGUAGCGUACACGUGCCCCCAUUGGUCCAAGCUAAGCCGCUCGAGCCCCUGCUCGCAGCUACUCCCCGACUGUGCUUCCAACCGGCUUGCGAGCCCAGCUGGCCGGCAAGUCCCCCCAUUUUGCAAUAUUUUUUAUUUUUAUUUCUUGUUCUUCAUUUAUCUCAAAGGUAAGACUGUAAAAAUCAUAUAAAAUCACAUAAUUACCCAAAAAUUCACGUUAAUCGAUUGAAAACUAAAAAUCAUUCUUUAACACAAAUAUAAGUCUAUUUAUCAUGAGUUAAGGCUAAAACUAUAUUAUUUAUUAAUUAUUAACUCAUGAUAAUGAAGACUUAUCAAGGGACAACUACCUAGUCAGCCCAUAGAAAAUCCAAGGAACCGCCUAACAAUAAGAUUUCAGCAAAGGGAGUUUAGUAACAUGAAUCUAGGAAAAAACUCACAAAAUAAAAAUGUUAAGACAAUAAAUAUAUUAAGGAGUGGGAAGAUUUUACCUGAUCCUUAUCCCCAAACAUUAGAAGAAAAGGAAAACAUGGACAGCCCAAAACAAAAUCAAAUAGGCGUAGAAGAAAAUUUAAUAGAUUUUACCAAGGAAAUUUCAAAAGAGAGGACAACCAUUCUAUUUCCUAAAGCUCUAGAGCCUAGGCAAAGAAAGAAAAAGGAACACAAUGAAGAAAUAAAAAAAAAAUUACAAGAUGUGCAAAUUAGCCUUCCUUUAGUCACUAUCAUUAAACCUAUUUUUGAAUAUGCUAAAGUUUUGAAAGAAAUGUGUACAUAAAAAAGGGCACCUAGAGUAGAAAAAUUAUCUAUGCAUAUUAGUGCUUUAUUAUUAAAUCAAUUACCAUAUAAAUUGAGAGAUACUAGUGCCCUUUUAAUUUCAUGUGAUAUUGGUGAAUUUAUUUUUCAGAAUACAUUACUUGACGCUAGUGCUAGUAUUAAUUUAUUACCUAUAAGUAUUUGUGAUAAAUUUAAUAUUGUUGAUCUUAAACCUUCUACUAUUACCUUAAAAUUUGCUGAUAGAUCUAUAAACAUCCUAAAGGUAUUUUAGAAAAUAUGAUAGUGACAAUUAAAGGGUGUAAAUUUCCAACUGAUUUUGUAGUGUUGAAAAUGGAUUUUACUAGAUAGUUUUAUGAUACACCAAUCAUCCUAGGGAGACUUUUUUUGCAUAUAGCAAAGAUGAAUACUGAUUUUUCCACAAGUAUUGCAAAAAAUUCAUGUGAAGAUCAAUUAGUAGAAAUUAAAAUUUUUGAGAUAUCAAAUGAUCUUAAGAAAUCCCUAGUAUAUGAUUGUCAUACCAUAGAUCUUCUAAAUGAUUUUGAGGAUCUAGAUGUUCUUCAUGAUUGUGUGUUGGAAGAAUAAGAAGAAAUAGAGAAUAUAAAUUUAAGAGAAAAGAAAGAGGAAGAUCAUCUGAAUUCAGAGUUGAAACCUGAUAAGUCUUCAUUAUCAUGAGUUAAUAAUAGUAAAUAAUAUAGUUUCAGCCUUAAAUCAUAAUAAAUAGAUUUAUAUUUCUGUUAAAGUGUGAAAAGUGGUUUUUAGUUGAGUAAUGUGAAUUUUUGGGUAAUUAUGUGGUUUUAUACGAAUUUAUAUGAUUCUUAUAAUCUUACUUUUGAGAUAAAUGAAGAAAAAUAAAUAAAAAUAAAAAUAAAAUAAAAUGGGGGGGACCCGCUGGCCAGCUGGGCCUACAAGUGGGUCGGAAGUGCAGUCGAGGAGUAGCCACGAGCAGGGGCUCGAGCGGCUUGUACUGAUGGGGCAUGUGUGCACCACUUCCCUUCCACAUCACUAGUGGCUAGCUAGCUAUGGGGGAAGGAGUGGUCGUACAAGCACGAGAAAAAGAAUUGAUCAGAAAUUUAAUAUUACUGUGUAUUCGCCAAAAACUUUGGUGCACAACCAAUGUGAGACUAAACUCGUGUCACACCUUUCUCAGAAAUGGGUGGGCAACCGGUGCGGGUUUGAAUCCUCCUAGAACGAAAACUCAUAUUUUUUAUCUAAUUAUUGUGACUGUCCUAGAGAUUGCCAAUGAAAGAUUAAGCAACCAGAAUUUCUGGAUCAUUGGCAAAAAUCUCAUCAAUGUGAUUUGUGGAGCAUUGUUACUAAAAUUGUUGAACGAUUUAUGAUAAAAGGAUCGCGAAUCUAUUGAGUAAAACAUCUCUGAUUGAUCAACAAACAAGCUGUUGUUGAGAAGAGGAUGAUCUAUUGGGAGAUGAGUCACCCCCUCUUGAGAGCGUAACAUAUGCGAUGAAGAGCCUCCCCUUGCUGCACAGACCUAAGGAUGAAGUUUCCUGACACGUGCCCCACCUCCACCCAGCUCCUCUUUGUCAGGUACUAGUCGUUCGAGAGCCACAAAGUUGUCAUUUUUCCGCUCCGUCGAGUGGCUAAUAAGUCUUCAUUAUCAUGAGUUAAUAAUUAGUAAAUAAUAUAGUUUUAGUCUUAACUCAUGAUUAAUAGACUUAUAUUUGUGUUAAAGUGUGAAAAUUGGUUUUGAAUUGAUUAACGUGAAUUUUUGGGUAAUUAUGUGAUUUUAUAUGAUUUUUUCGGUCUUACUUUUGAGAUAAAUGAAGGAAAAGAAAUUAAAAUAAAAAUAUAGCAAAAUGGGGAGACCCACUGGCCAGUUGGGCUCGCAAGUGGGUCGGAAGCACAAUCAGGAGUAGCCGCGAGCAAGGGCUUGAGUGGCUUGAACCGAUGGGGGCACAUGUGCACCACUCCCCUUCCAUGUCACUGGUGGCCAGCCGACUGUGGAGCAAGGAGUGGUCGUACACACGUGAGAAAGGGACUUUGCUAAGAAAUGUUAUAUUACUAUUUAUUCACCCAAACAUUCAGCGCACAACCGAUGUGGGACUAAACCCGUCACCUUCCUGAAAAGAGGCGGGGCAACUAGCAUAGGUUUGAAUCCUCCUAGAGCCAAAACUCAUAUUUUUACCUGAUUAUCACAACUUUUCUACAGAUCACUAGUGAAGGAUUAAGCAACUAGAAUUACUGGAUCAUCAGCAAAAAUCUUGUCAACGCAAUUUGCGGAGCAUUGUUACUAAAAUUGCUGAAGGAUUCAUGAUAAAAGGAUCGUGAAUUCAUCAAGUAAAUCAUCUCCGAUUGAUCGACGAACAAGCCAUCAUCAGGAAGAGGACGAUCCACUAGGAGACGAGUCGCCACCUCUUGAGAGCAUAUCAAAUGUGAUUGAUGAAGAGCCUCCUCUUGCUGCGCGGACCUGAGGAUGAAGCUCCCUAACAUGCGCCCCACCUCCAUCCAGCUCCUCUCCAUCGGGUGACAGCCACCAGAGAGCCGCAAAGUCGCCAUUUUUUUGCUCUGCCGGGUGACAGCCACUGGAGAUGACUCGACGACCCAUUUCAUUGAUCUCUAGACUUUACGAGAAGAUCUAGAGAUUGCCCACGUCGUCUUUGUCCAAGGAGAGCCUUCGAGGCCAUGGAGACUGCACGACGAUCCUCCCAAAUGCUUAGGAUUCUGGUGCAUUGCCUACGCAUCGCCAUUGCAAUGCUAGAACUCUGUUUUCUUGCUUUUAACUUAUUUUACGCUUCAUUUAGUGAUAGUUUUUGUGACUUUAAUUUACCAAAAUAUACUUUGUUCUAUUACGAUUCUUCCGGCUUUUAUAAAUCUUAAUUUGAUCAAUUAAAUCGUUUGUAAUCGCUUACAUAAGAAUUACUGGAUGGAACUCUGUUUCUGCCUAAUUCACGUUCGUCGAGUGCUGAUGUCAUCUUGACCUCCGCACCCUUAUUUCCCUUUUUUGUGAAUUUUAAUAUUUUUCUUUUUCAUUUCCUAGUAUAAAAUUUAUAAAAAAUUGUAUUCAUUGACGAAAUUCUAAAUAAUUAUUAGAUAUUAUAUUACAUCCUUAUGAUCGAUCUAGAAAAUUACCACUAUUUUUGGAAUUUUUAUUGAAUUAUAAUUAAUAUAUUUAUUUAGAAAUACUUCUAAAUAUCUGAAAAUUUAUAUUUUCUAGUUUUAUAAAUUUUAGAUUUGCGUGAUUUAAUAUACAAUGACUAAGUCAUGUCAACAGCUACUAAAGACGAUUCGACGACUCAUUUCAUUGAUCACUAGACUUUGCAAGGAGACCUAAAGAUUACUCAUGUCAUCCUUGUCCAAGGAGAGUCUUUGAGGCUGUGGACACUACACGACGAUCCUUCCGAAUGCUCAAGAUUCUUGUGCAUCACCGAUGCAUCGCUGCCGCGACAUCGGAACUCUAUUUUUCUACUUUUAACUUACUUUCUGUUUCAUUUAAUGAUAAUUUAUGUAAUUAAAAUUUAUUAAGAUAUACUUCAUUCAGUUACAAUUCUUCCGAAUUUUAUAUAUCUUAAUUUGAUCAAUUAAAUCGUCUGUAAUCACUUAUGUAAGAAUCUUCGGGUGGAACUCUAUUUCUACUUAAUUCUCAUUCGCUAAGCGGUGAUGUCAUCUUGACAUCUGCACCCUUAUUUCCCUUUUUUGUGAAUUUUAAAUAUAUUUCCUUUUUAUUUUCUAGAGUAAAAUUUAUAUAAAAUAGUAUUAUUUGUAGAAAAUUCUGAAUAAUUACCCAAUAUUAUAUUACAUCCCUAUGAUUGACCUAAAAAAUUAUCGCUAUUUUUGAAAGUUUUAUUAAAUUAUAAUUGAUAUAUUUGUUCAGAAAUACUUCUAAAUAUUUGAAAAGUUGUAUUUUCUAAUUUUAUAAAUUUUAAAUUUGUGUGAUUUACUAUACAAUGACUAAGUCACAUCAAACCUCUUCCCUCUAGUUUAAAAUAUAUGUUUUUGAAGGAAAAUAAUUUAUUUCCUAUUAUUAUUGUAGUUGAUUUGAGUAAUGAACAAGAAGAAGAAUUAUUAGAUGUAUUUCGAAAAAUUAAGAAAGUUAUUGGCUGGAAAAUGGAUGAUCGUAGGGGCAUUGAUAUGAGUGCAUGCAUGCAUUGUAUAUAUCUAGAGGAGGGGGCUAGAACUAUUAGGGAACCACAAUGAAGAUUAAAUCCAAACAUGAUGAAAAUUGUAAAAAAAGAAAUUUUAAAGUGGUUGGAUGCUAAUAUUAUUUAUCCUAUUCCGAUAGCAAAUGGGUUAGUCCUACACAAGUGGUGCCAAAAAAAUCAAGGAUCAUAGUUAUAAAAAACAAAACUAGAGAUGAAAUACAAAUAGGAUUAACUACUGAUUGGAGGGUUUGCAUUGAUUAUAGAAAUUAAAUUUAGUUACUAAAAGGCAUAACUUCCCCCUACCAUUUACUAAUCAAAUUCUAGAAAACUUAUCUGAAAAAAACAUUUUUUAUUUUCUUGAUGGAUACUCUAGUUAUAAUUAAACUUAUAUAAAUCUUCUAGGCCAAGAAAAGAUAACUUUCACUUAACUAUUUGGUACUUUUUCUUUUAAAGGUACGUCUUUUGGGCUGUAUAAUGUUCCAGCCACAUUUCAAAGAUGUAUGCUAUCUAUUUUUUCUGAUAUGACUGAAAAAUAUAUGAAAAGUUUUAUGGAUGAUUUUUCUAUUUUUGGUGAAUCAUUUCAUGAAUGCUCAAAUCAUUUACAGUAUUUACUUGAGAAAUGUAUAGAAAAAAAAAGUUUUGAGCUCGAAAAAAUCACAUUUUAUGGUUAGAGAGGGAGUUGUGUUAGGUUAUAUUGUGAGUGAAAUAGGUUUAGAGGUGGAUAGAGUAAAAAUUGAUAUUAAAUCUGAAAUAAAAACCUCUAAAUUUCUAAACCUCUCACCAUGUUAUUAUCUAAAGAUGUGCCUUUUAAUUUUGAUGAGAAAUAUUUUGAGUCUUUUCUAAAAUAAAAAGAUUACUUAUUUAGGCACUCAUUUUACAAGCUCUUGAGUAGUCUUUUUCUUUUAAAAUAAUGUGUGAUGCAUCGAAUUAUGAACCGUUCUAAGACAAAGAAAAGAGUCAAAACUAAUACUAAUUUCAUAUGCUAGCAAAAUUAUAUCCGAUGUUCAAUUAAAUUAUACCACGACUGAAAAAGAGUUGUUAGUUGUAGUAUUUUCCUUAGAAAGGUUUAGAUUAUAUAUCUUGGGAGCUAAAAUUAUUAUUUAUACUAAUCACGUAGUAUUAAAAUAUUUAUUAAAUAAGAAAGAUGUAAAGCCAUGUUUAUUAAGAUAUAUUUUAUUAUUACAUAAAUUUAACUUGAAAUAAAAGAUAAAAAAGGUUUCAAGAAUGUUGUUGCUGACCAUCUUUCUAGAUUGAGUGACAUAGGAAUAAAUACAACAACUUUACAAGAUGCAUUUUCAGAUUGACAAUUGAUUGCAGCUCAACACCAACUAUCACCAUGGUAUGCACAUAUUGUCAAUUUUUUAGUUUUUAACAAAAUUUAAAAAAGGUGGGAUCAAAAAGAAAAAAUAUUUCUUUUCUAAGAUUAGAAAUUAUUUUUGGCAUGAUCUUGAUUUAUAUUACUUGGGCAAUGAUCAAAUUUAAAGAAGAUAUGUUCCUAAAGAAAAAUAUCAUAACAUUCUUAACAUGUGCCAUUCAUCUAAUUGUAGAAGAAAUUUCUCUAGACGAGAUAGUUGCAAAUUUUUUUAAAUGUGAUUUUUAUUGGCCUACAAUCAUUAGAGAUUCUAUAGAAUUUAGUAGAACAUGUAUUUCAUGUCAAUUUAUAGGUAACAUGAGUAAAUAAGAUGAAAUGCACAUGAGUAACAUGUUAGUCCUCAAAAUUUUUGAUGUAUGGGCGAUGUGACUUAGUCAUUAUAUAGUAAAUCACGCUAAUUUAAAAUUUAUAAACUAAAAAAUAUUAAUUAUAAUUCAAUAAUACUUCCAAAAAUAUUGGUAAUUAUCUAAGUUGAUUUCUAGGAUGUAAUAUAAUAUUAGGUAAUUAUUCAAAAUUUUCUUCAAAGAAUAUAAUUUUUUAUGAAUUUUAUAUUACAAAAUGAAAAUAAAAUAUAUUUAAAAUUCACAAAAAAGGAAAAUAAGGGUGUAGACAUCAGGAUGAUGUCAGCACCUAACGAAUGCAAAUCAGGCGAAAAUAAAGUUUCACUUGAUAAUUUUUAUGUAAGCAACUAUAGAUGAUUUAAUUGAUUAAAUUAAGAUCUGUAAAAGUAAGAAGAAUCGUAAUUGAAUGAAGUAUAGUUUGGUAAAUUUAAUUCACACAAAUUAUCAUUAAAUGAAGCUGAAAUUAAGUUAAAACUAGAAAAAUAGAGUUUUGACAUCGUAGUGGCAAUACAUCGAUGAUGUACUAGAAUCUUGAACUUUGAGAGGAUCAUCGUGCAGUGUCCACAGCCUCAAAGGCUCUCCUUGGACAAGGACAAUGUGGACAAUCUCUAGAUCUCCUUGUAAAGUCUAGAGAUCAAUAAAAUGGGUUGUCAAAUCAUCUCUGACAGUUGUCACCCAGUGGAGCAAAAAAAUGGUGACUUUGUGCCUUUCCAACAGUUGUCACUUGAUAAAGAAGAGCUGGAUGAAGGUGGGGUGCAUGUUAGGGAGUGAUAAGUCUUCAUUAUCAUGAGUUAAUAAUUAGUAAAUAAUAUAAUUUUAGUCUUAACUCAUGAUAAAUAGAUUUAUAUUUGUGUUAAAGAAUUAUUUUUGGUUUUCAAUUGAUUAAUGUGAAUUUUUGGGUAAUUAUGUGAUUUUAUACGAUUUUUACAAUCUUACUUUUGAGAUAAAUGAAGAACAAAUAAAAAUAAAAAUAUUGCAAAAAUGGGGGAACCCGCCGGCCAGCCGGGCCCACAAGCGCAGUCGGGGAGUAAGUCGCGAGCAGGGGCUCGAGCGGCUUGGGUUGGGGACCGACAAGGCACACGUACGUGACUCCCCUUCCACGUCACCAGUGGCCAGCCGGCUGUGGGGCAAGGAGUGGUCAUACACACAAGAGAUGGGACUUUGUUGACAAACCUAACAUUACUAUAUAUUCGCCUGAAAAAUCGACAUACAACCGAUGUGGGACUAAACCCCUGUCACACCUUCCUCAGAAGAGGUGGGCGACUGACGCGGGUUCGAAUCCUCCCAGAGUCAAAAUUCAUAUAUUUCUAUCUGAUUAUCGCGACUUUCCUACAGAUCACUGGUGAAGGAUUAAGCAACGAGAAUCGCUGGAUCAUCGGCAAAAAUCUCGUCAACGCGAUUCACGGAGCAUUGCUACUAAAAUUGCUGAACGAUUUAUGAUAAAAGGAUCGCGAAUCCAUCGAGUAAAUCAUCUCUGAUUGAUCGACAAACAAGCCGUCGUCGAGAAGAGGACGAUUCAUCAGGAGACCAGUCGCCACUUCUUGAGAGCGUACCAGAUGCGAUGAAGAGCCUCACCUCCAUCCAGCUUCUCUUGCUGCGCGGACCUGAGGAUGAAGCUCCCUAACACGUGCCCCACCUCCAUCCUGCUCCUCUCCGUUGGGUGACAAUCGCCGGAGAGCCGCAAAGUCGCCAUUUUUCCGCUCCUCCGGGUGACAGCUGCCGGAGACGAUUCGACGACCCACUUCAUUGAUCUCUAGACUUCGCGAGAAGAUCUAGAGAUUGCCCACGUCGUCUUUGUCCAAGGAGAGCCUUCGAGGCCGUGGACACUGCACGACGACCCUCCCGAAUGCUCAGGAUUCUAGUGCAUCACUGACGCAUCGCCGUCGCGACGCCAGAACUUUGUUUUACUGCUUUCAAUUUACUUUACGCUUCAUUUAGUGAUAAUUUUUGUGUUUUUAAUUUACCAAAAUAUACUUUUUUCUAUUACGAUUCUUCCGACUUUUACAGAUCUUAAUUUGAUCAAUUAAAUCAACCGUAAUCGCAUACGUAAGAAUUGCCGGGCGAAACUCUGUUUCUGUCCGAUUCGCUCUCGCCUAGUGCUGACGUCAUUCUGACGUCCGCGCCCUUAUUUCCCUUUUUCAUGAAUUUUAAAUAUAUUUCCUUUUUAUUUCCUAGUAUAAAAUUCAUAGAAAAAUCGUAUUCAUUGAGAACAAUUCUGAAUAAUUACUAGAUAUUAUAUUACUUCCUUGUGAUUGACCUGGAAAAUUACCGCUAUUUUUGGAAUUUUUAUUAAAGUAUAAUUGAUAUAUUUAUUUAGAAAUACUUCUAAAUAUCCAAAAAUUCGUAUUUUCUAGUUUUAUAAAUUUUAUAUUUGCGUGAUUUAAUAUACAACGAUUGAGUCACAUCAGGGAGCUUCAUCUUCAGGUCUACGCAGCAAGAGGAGGCUCUUCAUCACAUCUAGUAUGCUCUUAGGAGGUGACAACUUGUCUCUUGGCAGAUUGUCUUCUUCCCGAUGACAGGUUGUUUUUCGAUCAAUCAAAGAUGCUUUACUCAAUGGAUUUGUGAUCCUUUUAUCGUGAAUCAUUCAACAGCUUUAUUAACAAUGCUCUAUAAAUCACGUUGAUGAAAUUUUCACCAAUGAUCCAACAAUUCUGGUUGCUUAAUCCUUCACUGUUGAUCUGCAAGAAAGUCGCGAUAAUCAGAUAAAAAACAAUAUGAGUUUUGGCUUUGAGAGGAUUCAAACCCGCACUGAUUGCCUGCCCUUUCUGGGGAAGGUGUGAUGCAGGUUUAGUCCCACAUCGGUUGUGCACCAAUAUUUUUGACGAAUAUAUAGUAAUAGUACAUUUCCAAUCAAGUCUCUUUCUCGCGCAUAUAUGACCACUCCUUGCCCCACACCUAGCUGGCCACCGGUGGCGUGGAAGAAGAGUGGCACACACGUGCCCCCAUCGGUCCAAGCCGCUCAAGCCCCUACUCAUGACUACUCCCUGAUUGCGCUUCCAACCUGCUUGCGGGCCCGACUAGCUAACGAGUUCCCCCUAUUUUGUUAUAUUUUUUUUUCUUCAUUUAUCUCAAAAGUAAGACUAUAAAAAUCAUAUAAAUUUGUAUAAAAUCAUAUAAUUAUCCAAAAAUUUACAUUAAUCAACUAAAAACUACUUUUUAUAUUUUAACACAAAUAUAAGUUUAUUUUUCAUGAGUUAAGACUAAAAUUAUAUUAUUUACUAAUUAUUAACUCAUCAUAAUGAAGGCAUAACACACCCCCCAACUUAAAUCAUUGCCAGUCCCUUAGCAAUGAAAUUACAAAAAUAAAUCUCCAACAUCAUAUUUCAAUGCAUAAAAAGAAAAUAUAAUUAGAAAUGAUGCACCUUUAGACACUUUGGAUUCUUAUAUCAAGUAUGUAAGAAUGAUGUCAAACACUUAAAUAUUUAAGCACUCUUGGAAUAAUAAUCUAGACAUCACUUCUUCUAUUCACAUAUUUAUCACUUCUUUACUAAUAGAUAUAUUUACAAGAUGUUCCAAUUAUAAAUACUCAUCCAAAAAUAAUACUGAUUCUAUAUUUCCCUUUUCAAUGGCUUACUUUUUGAAGUUUGUACUAUAUUUCCUCCUUUUUUUAUUUUUCUAUAUAGUGGAUAAGUAGCUUUUUCUAUAGAGAAAUUUCAACAAGAAGAAUGAUGUCUCACACCCUCCAUGUGUACUCUUCAUUUUCAGGGCUUUCACUUUAUCCACUUUUUUUACAGCGAAUGUUUUUCUAUGCACGAUUUUCGACAAUGAGAAUGAUGUCUCACACCCUUCAUGUGUACUCUUCGUUUUUAGAUUUUUCACAUUGCUCUCUCUUUUUUUUUUUUAAAAUAAUUGAUUUCUCUUCACAAGUCCUAUAGAUCAGGAUGCAAAAAGCUCCAUUAAACUCAAAUGCUCAGUCAAAUUUUCACAUCAAGUAAAUACUAUCCAUCAAGAUCAUGAAGUGAAAAUCUGUAAAAUCAAAUUCAUGUUACCUAUCAUGUAUCCAAGGAGUAUUCCAAUAUUUCAUACUACUAGAUCAUUAUUUUGACUCAAUAAUAAUCUUCCUAGUAUCUUGUAGUAUCAAUCAAUCUAAUUGAUUUAAUUUUUCAUGCAUGCAAUAUGAUGUAAGAAAGUUAUAAGUUAGAUAGUUUUGAUAGUUCUAUUUUCUAUUUGCAGUUCUACUUUUAGCAACAAUAAAUUUGUCAAAAAUAAAUCAAAACUAUUCUCUUUAUAGCUGUAAUUUCGAAUUUCAGUAAUAUAUGUCUAGGAGAUUGAAAUGUAAGAAAAUGGUCUCAAGAAUUUUAAAAUUUGGGGUAAUUUUUGUCUAUUCUUUUUGACAACCUGUUGUUUCUGACAGGAAAUAAGAAAAUAGAUGUUGUAGUUUCUCUUAAUUUUAUUUUAUUUUUAUUUUUUAGUUGCUGUUCUAAGUUGAAUAUAAUACAAACACAUGUUCUUAAUCGUCCUACAGCAUAAAUUAAUAAAGAAUACUUCACCCCCCAACUUAAAAAUGACAUUGUCCUCAAUGACACAUAAUUUUCAAGUGAAGCAUACAUACAUCCAAAGUUAAGUAUUAAAAAUGUUGUCAUAAAUGAUAAAGCUUAGAAAGACAUCACCUCAAGCUUGUUUUUAAUUUUCCACUUCAUUUUACACUCCUCUUGUACUUUUUCAAAAAAAAAAUUACAGAAGUAUUGUGAAAUUCUAAGAAAAAAAGAGCUUAAAAAAAUUUAAAAAAUAAUAAAAUAGAAUGAAAUAAAAACCAUGGGUUGCCUUCCAUGUAGUGCUAAAUUUAAUGUCUUCAACUAGACAACUCUUAAAUCAUAUAAGACGAUCUAUGGCCAUCAAAAUAUAUUUAUAUCCCAAAGUAAGUUUCAUGAUAUUUUUUUUCAGAUUUAGCAUAAAUUCAUAUACUUCAUAUAUAUACCUUGCCAUACUUUCAGUCAAAACAAAAUGCAAAUUAACAAAAUUUUCCCAAAAAUAAUAUUUCUAUUUUGAACAGAAUCUUUCCUCAUUUCUAUCUUAUUUUGUAAGGCUCUCAUUCAUUAAUAAAUACUUUCUAUUAAUAGACUAUAAAAUGUGAUCAAGCCAUAUAAUUUUCAAAUUAACUCUUACCCAAUCUAGAAUUUUUUUCAUCUAAAUUGAUAUCUCUAAUUCUUCCAUUCACCCGUUUCUUAAUGUCUUCUUUUAUCUACAUAAUCUUCCCUUGCUCUAUUUUAUCUUCCAUACAUAUUUGUUCAAUUUGUAAGGAGUGAAAUAUUUCAAGAUUAGAAAUAACUCUAAUGGGUUGUGGGUUUUGAAAGAUGGAAGGAUUGUCUUCUUUAAUCUCAGAUCUAAUGAAUUUAGUCAAAUUCAAAUUUUCUCCUCCAAAAUUAUCUCUAUAUUCAUAUUGAUUAUUUUCAUUUCUCUCCAUUAGUUGAAUCAACUCUUUUUCUAGCUUUUCGUUUCUCAACUCAUCAAAUUCUUCAUCUUCUCAAGAGCUAUCUUUUAAUUUCAGUAUAUGAUAUGCAUCAUCAUUCUCACUAUCAACAUCUAUUGCUGCCAAAUUAUGAUUAGAUUUAUUAAUUUCGUCUCCUACAUCUCCCAAAUCAAUUGAUUUUUCCUCACUUGAAAUAUGUUUUUCUUCAUUUCUGUCCUUACUCCCUUCUACUAAAAUUUGGAAGAUUCUUCCAUGAUCAGCUGAUUACUCUCAUCAUCCUCACUAUAUUCAUUCAUCAAUUAUGAUCAAUAAAUGAUUUUAUUUAAAUUUUUCACUACUAUAUUUUCGCUCAUUGAUUUCUGCUAAUAAUUAUAAAUAAGGAUCUAGUAAAAUAUUCUCACUUAAUGUAUUUACUAUCCUAACAUUUUCAUUUUGUGGGUGUUUUUUUUAAUUUAUCCAGCUAGAUUCUCCUUGUUGAAAUCUUACUAUUAGAUAGUUUCCUAAUUUUCUAUGAGGUGACUGGGUGACUGUCCCUUUUCUCUCUUAUUCUCAAAAGCCUCUAUAAUUUGUUGCUAAUGAAACAAGGCCACAGGGGCUUCAAGUAGUGAUAGCUGACCUAACCAUAUGGGCCGCUGAUAAGUCUUCAUUAUCAUGAGUUAAUAAUUAGUAAAUAAUAUAGUUUUAGCCUUAACUCAUGAUAAAUAGACUUAUAUUUGUGUUAAAGCAUGAAAAGUGGUUUUCAGUUGAUUAACGUAAAUUUUUGGGUAAUUAUGUGAUUUUAUACGAUUUUUACAGUCUUAGUUUGAGAUAAAAUGAAGAACAAGAAAUAAAAAUAAAAAUAUUGCAAAAUGGGGGGAUCCGCCGGCCAGCCGGGCCCGCAAGCGGGUCGGAAGCGCAGUCGGGGAGUAGUCGCGAGCAGGGGCUGGAGCGGCUUGCUUGGAUCGAUAGGGGCACGUGUGCGCACUCCCCUUCCACGUCACCGGUGGUCAGCCGGCUGUGGGGCAAGGAGUGGUCGUACACGCGAGAGGACUUUGCCUAGAAAGCUAACUUUACUAUAUAAUCACCCAAAUAAUCUGCGCACAACCGAUGUGGGACUAAAUCCACCUUGUUCAGGGGCGGGCGACCGCCACGGGUUCGAAUCCUCCCAGAGUCAAAAUUCAUAUAUUUUUAACUGAUUAUCGCGACUUUCCUGCAGAUCGCCGGUGAAGGAUUAAGUAACCGGAAUCGCUGGAUCAUCGGCGAAAAUCUCGUCAACGCGAUUUGCGGAGCAUUGCUACUAAAAUUUCUAAACGAUUCGCGAUAAAAGGAUCGCAAUCCAUCGAGUAAAUCAUCUCCGAUUGAUCGACGAACAAGCCGUCGUCGGGAAGAGGACGAUCCGCCAGGAGACCAGUCGCCACCUCCUGAGAGCGUACCAGAUGCGAUGAAGAGCCUCCUCUUGCUGCGCGGACCUGAGGAUGAAGCUCCCUAA